AUGUGGAACGAGCAGCCAGCUCUGCAAAUCAUCUCAAUGAAGACCGAGGUUGGCUCCCGGAGUCCCCCGGACAGUCUGGCCGAGGAUGGUGUAGGCAGCAGCAGCAGAAACUCCGCUCCCUCGCCCGCAGACCGGCCCGACCCGCCGAUCCUCGAGGAACCGCCCAAGGUUCUUGCGACUUUCAUUUUUACGCUGCCGGACGCCAGGAACGCCGGACUCUCCCUCGCCCUCAAACUCUUCGAGGGGGUUGGAGCUCGGGUCUCCCACCUGGAAAGCAGAGCAGCGAGGGAGAGCAGGACCAGCUCUGAAGAUCUGGACAUCUUCAUCAGGUGUGAGCUGCCCAGUGCCGUUGUCAGCCCUCUGCUCAACUCGCUGAAAAGAGUGACCAAAAAUGUCAGCGCAGUCAGAGAGAAGGAAGUCCCUUGGUUUCCAAGAAGCAGACGAGAUCUUGACAUGUGUCAACAGCUGAUGACCAAGUUCGAACCCAACUUGGAUCAGGAUCACCCAGGACACAAUGAUCCGGAGUACAGGGAACGGAGAUUGCAGAUCGCAGGUCUAGCAGUGGGAUACAAACAGGGAGAACCAAUCCCAAGGGUGGAAUACACAGCAAAGGAGAUAGAGAUCUGGAAGGUGGUCUACACUAAGUUGACCACUUUGUACCCAAGUCAUGCCUGCAAACAAUUUUUGGAUGCCUUCCGGUUGCUGGAGCAGCAGUGUGGUUACCGAGCGGACAACAUCCCACAACUUCAGGACGUCUCCGUGUUCUUGCAAGGCAGGACAGGCUUUCAGCUGCGACCUGUGGCCGGACUCCUCUCCGCUCGAGAUUUCCUGGCCAGCCUGGCAUUCAGUGUCUUUCAGUGCACGCAGUACAUCCGCCACCCUACAUCCCCAAUGCACUCCCCGGAACCAGACUGUUGCCAUGAGUUACUGGGCCAUGUUCCCAUGUUGGCAGAUGCAGAAUUUGCUCAGUUCUCCCAGGAACUUGGCCUUGCAUCACUUGGAGCAGCAGAUGAAGAUAUCGAGAAACUGUCCACUCUUUACUGGUUUACAAUAGAGUUUGGUCUCUGUAAACAGAAUGGAGCUCUGAAGGCCUACGGAGCUGGUCUGCUCUCUUCAUAUGGGGAGCUAAUGUACGCACUCUCAGGGCAGCCCCAAUACAAAGACUUUGACCCCCAGUUGACCGCCCACCUGAACUAUCAAGACCAGACCUACCAACCAGCCUACUUUGUGGCAGAGAGCUUCGAAGACGCAAAAUCCAAACUCUGGGCGUAUGCCUCCAAUAUCAGGAAGCCAUUCUCACUGCGCUAUCGUCCACUAACCUGGAGUGUGGAGAUACCCGACAGGCCAGACACGGGCAAGGAUGCACUGACCCAUGGCAGGGAGGACCUCAACAAACUCUACUUCGCUCAUGAUAAACCUUCUUAAACAAGUUGUUCCCACGGCGGCAAUGGGCAGGUUGACAUUUGUUGGAUUUCGCUCCUGGGAACUUAGUCAUGUUCUUAACAAAGCACCCAGAGAUAUAAUGAAUAAUCCAGGUUCUUUAUGAUAUCAUGAAUGUGUUCCUGAAUGUAGAGUUUAAGCUGCUGAGAUUAUAUCUGAGUAACUGUGACUGGGUCUACAAUGUUUAGUGUUAGGUGUAUGUCCAUGUAGAGAGAGUCAUAGAGCCUUACUGCAUGGAAACAGGCCCUUUGGACCAAUUUACUAGCCAACAUG